CUUUCUCUCCCUCUUCUGUUGUCUGCUGCAGAGUCAUUUUCUCCAGCCUCUCCCUCUCAUCGAUGCUACACCAUCUUUGUGCCUUAGUCUCUGACUUUCUACAGGAGCCAUGCAAGCUUUUGUUUACAGGUCUUAUCUAGCUCCGGUCAAGGACGAAGAAGCUGAAUCGCAGAGGAAGGCAAAGUCCCGUCAUGCCAGGCAAACUCGCAGGUCAACGCAGGGUGUGACACUAACAGAGCUAAAAGAGGCUCAGAUGAGCUAUAGCCUGUCUUAUCAAGACAGAGAGAACGAGGAAGAAAACCCUCAAGGAAACAGGCUGUGUCUGAGAAGAGGCUUUGCAGAUGACUCUGGAGAUCAGAGGGGCCUGCUUGAGUCCAAAGAAACAUCUGAGGCUACUCUAAGCUGGCGUCAAAUAGACAAAGAGGGGAACAUUAGCAAGGGGUUAGAGAGUGUUGCAGAGUCUCCAAACCUGACAAAUUUGUCUGCAUCUGGAUUGUAUGCUUUGCCUCAAACCUACAGCUUCUUUGAAGUUGGUGAGAGAAGGUGGAACGAUGAAAAUCAGAAUCCGUUCGAAGAUGCACCACAGGUAUCAUACACUACAAAGAUCCGGCAAAGAUACCACGUCUCUGAUGCUGAUGGCAUGGAGCAUGAAAGACUGUUGAGAUAUGACUCUACUGGAGAAAAUGCCACAGACAAACCUUUGGGCCGCACCAGCUCUUACACAAGAAGAGAGGCGAGGCUGGCAGCUCUCAAUAAACAGGAGGAAGACUCCACUGCCAAAGACUAUAAGAAGAUGUAUACAGAAGCUUUGCAAGAGAAUGAAAGACUCAAGUCUAAGCUGCAGGACAGCAAACAGGAGUUAGUGAAGAUCCGUUCCCAACUGGAGAAAGUUGCUCAGAGGCAGGACAGACUUUCAGAGCGAUCUACAGUUCUUGAAACAGAGAAAAGGGAAAAACAAGCUCUUGAGAAAAGAGUCACAGACAUGGAAGAUGAAGUAAAGCAGGCACCCACAAUGCGCUUCCGCUGUGGGUACCAGCCCUGAGACAUGGCUUUCUCAGGGAAGGGGGAUGGUCUUAAAAGAACUUAAGUCAGACAACCAGAGGCUGAAGGAUGAGAAUGGGGCUCUCAUUCGAGUCAUCAGCAAGCUGUCCAAGUGAAAAGAUAUCUACAGCUUUUCUUCUGGUGCUUCACUCUUCAUACAACUAUUUAAUUAUUCACAAGUUUAGUUAUAAUUAUUUUCCUUUAAGUGUUUUUCAUAUCCACAAGGGACCAAGUUUACCACUUGGAAGACUGUUUCUGAUGAAGCAUAAACACCCUUUUUACACCUUUACAGCACCAAACUUUGAUGUAUUAUUAGGGGAUAGUUUGCAUGGACCAACAAAAACUGGUGAAUAUCCUUGUAGUUGAAGAACAUGGAUUACAUAAAUUUUUAAAUAUUUGAAAAAUGUGCAUUCAGUCACCUUUUUUUAUAUUAAAACUGCAAGUCUUUGAGGUAGGAACUGUGUAUCUUUGCAGCACUUCCAGUGUAACCGUUGACCUCUAAGCUACUUUCAGUACUAAUUCUCCCCUUGCCUGGUCUAGAGGUUUAGAAGGAUGGUGAAGUCUUGAUAGAUUUUCAGUUGUUCCAAACUUUUGAUUUAUGGACCCUUUUUUUUUAUAACUUAUCCCCGCUGUAAACAUUUCAAUAACUCUAUCCCUGACCUACCUGGUGUAUUCAUUGGUUUCCAUGAUGCUGUUUAUUGUGUGACGACUUCGAAAAAUACUUUCAUAGAUCAGUGGUAUUAAAUUAAGGGUGGCCAAAAGGUGCAAACACACUGCAAAUAGAUAAAUAGUGUUUGCAUUACUUUAUGUAUUUGCAACUUUCAGCCACUGUAUACAUUGACUUUUGAAAGCAAGAACUUGCACAAUGUUUUUUAAGGUGUGAUGAUGAAAGGAGUUGACCGUGUAUUUCUCAACACAAAUGAAAACCAUGUAUCCUUUUCUCACGACUUUACAGCUAUGAGUUACUUUAAGAUGCUCUGCAUAUAAAAUCCCAAAUAAAUAAAUUAAAAUUUGUGGUGGUCAUUUGAGAAAAUGCUGAAAAAUGAGGAGUCUUUUUUUUCCCCAAAAGAUAUUGUACGUUUAAGGUCCAGUUCAAGCAAACUAAGGUUUGCUUAACCUUACACAGUAAUAUAUUAUAUCAUAUACUGUUGUACUGAUGGUUCAUGUUUGUUGAUAGACAUUGCAGCACAUUUGUUUAUUAGUUCUUAACAGUUGGUUAUUUUACUGGAAUUAAUUAAUGGACUUGGAAAUAAAUGUUAAAAAUGUCUCCCAUAUUAUGUUGAGAAUAGAAAAUGUGUUCCUAUAAAGAGUAGUAAAACCUAAACAUAAAUAUUUGGGAUUAGGUUUGGGUGAAUUGAGAAUUUCCUCUGAUAUAACUUAGCUAAGCAAAGUUCAGUGCCUCACAGAUAUAGAAUUCAUAUUUUCAAAACUCCCCAACAUUCUAAGAGACACAAAACACAUUUAAUCUAAACCAAAAGGACAGAGUACAGGGCACAUCCAUUCAGUUGAUUUUGUUUACAAACAACCCUGAACGCGAAAAAAAAAAUUAUAAAAUGCAUUUUUGUCAUCCCAAAUCUCACUGAAAGUACUGCAUUCUAAAGAGACAUCUCUAUCAAUAAAAAAAUCAGGUCAAUAUGAAUUCCUUUAUAAAAAAACAGUAAUUUUUACACAUAUUUCUCAUUUUGUUGCUUCAGAAGAGUUUUAAUUUAAUGGCUGAUCUUAUGCAACAUUUUAAAUAUA